UCAAUGACUCAAAACCAUCUUCCUUCGACUCGUAGACCGGCAACUUGAGUAGUACGAAUUAAUCGGUCAAUCAAUCUUUCAAUCAGAUAACACAUAUACAUCGAAGCUUCUUACACAUACCUUUGAGGUCACCCGACGUCUUUUGUUACCUUUGAAGUCAACCGCAGACAGACUCGUCGUUUCUUGGUUCAAAAAUGGAAUAUCAAUAUCUUGGAAAGUCGGGCCUUAAAGUCUCCAAGGUCAUCCUUGGUGCAAUGUCCUAUGGAACACCGGAAUGGCAGGGUUGGGUGCUUAACGAAGAGGACUCUCUGCCACUCCUUGAACAUGCCUAUAAGGUGGGCAUCCGUACUUGGGACACGGCAGACAUCUACAGUCAUGGUCGAUCUGAAGAAAUCAUCGGCAAAGCAAUCAAGAAAUACAGCAUCCCGAGAGAAAGGCUUGUGAUCCUCAGCAAGUGCUAUUUCGGUGUAUCUCCCGACACCCCUGGGGCUCAGAUCAGCGCCAGCUCCGUCAAUGAUGGCGACAUGGUAAACCAAGUCGGUCUCAGCCGCAAACACAUCAUUGACGCCGUGGACAAGAGCGUGGCACGACUAGGAACGUACAUUGAUGUCCUCCAGAUCCAUCGUCUUGACCGCGACAGCCCUCGCGAGGAAAUCAUGAGGGCACUCAACGACGUGGUCGAGUCUGGCAAGGUCCGUUACAUUGGGGCGUCCAGCAUGGCGGCGUGGGAGUUUCAGGAACUGCAAAACGUUGCCGAGAAGCACGGCUGGCACAAGUUUGUGUCGAUGCAGAACUACUACAACCUCCUGUACAGGGAAGAGGAGAAUGAGAUGAUCCCUUACUGCAACCACACGGGGGUCGGCUUGAUACCCUGGUCGCCCGUGGCCCGUGGUGCCCUGGCUCGACCGUGGCAGAGCCGCGACACCCUGCGAGAAAAGACCGACAACUUCCUCCAGCAUCUGGUGCGGUCGAGGGAUGACAAGGUGGACGAGGUAAUCAUCGGGCGCGUAGAGGAGGUCGCUCGUAAGAUGGGAAAGAGUAUGGCGCAGAUUGCCAUUGCCUGGUCUUUGAGCAAGAAGGACGUCUGUCCCAUCGUUGGGUUGAACAAGAAGGAGAGAAUGGAUGAGGCGGUGGAUGCGUGUAAGAUCCAGUUGAGUGACGAGGAUAUCAAGUAUCUCGAGGAGCCAUACCAGCCAAAGAAGAGACAAGGCUAUUGAGAGCGACGAGGAAAACCGGGUGGGAAAACAUCACAACUAGCUACCCGGUGUAAUUUGAGAAGUCGACCUACCUGCAGACGAGCAAUUGAGCAAUUACACCGUCGUGAGCAUCCCCAGGUACAGAUAGUUGCCCAUCAUCAGACCAUGCUGCUGCCUCUUUCACUCUGACGUCAGAUAGGACAUACCUACCUAGAGGCGGUAGGUGGUUGUGGUGAGAUGCUGCAAGUUCUUCCACUGGGCUCAGG